CUGAAACGUUGGUCAACAUGGGUUGAAUGUAACUAGAAAAUGGACCAUGGACAGAAAUUCACUUCCCAUAAAAAUCGAACAAAAAACAUUACAGGAAAAUAGGAAUUGAAAAACUGAAAAUUCCAACAUGUGUGACAAUUAUGAGUCCGUUAACAUGUAUCCCAGCUGUUUAUGAACUUAAUUAUAAAGGAAAUGACUGGCAAACACAUGUGUUUCUAUCACACCAGGAAGAGCGGUGUACAAAUAAAAAUGGAUCGGAGUGGGUAAUUUUUAUUAAUUACUCAGCCUUAGCCUAUCUGAAGAACAAUUGUUGGCUGUCAUGCAUGUCUUGUCCAUUGUAUUCAUGUUAUUCAAUGCAGAGUUGAGCUUUGUCAUGUCAUUGUCAAUGCAGAGUUGAGCAUAGUAGUAUCUUACUUUGGAAAUCAAUCCUUGAGUUAGUUUUAUUUAUUCUUAAAAAUCGUGUUGAAGAAACCAAAGUCAAAUGCUAAUAGAUCUCUCUUAUUUCAGUGAACAGUCACUGCAAAAAAAAAAAAAUUAAAAGAAAAAUAGGAAGGGGAUAUAUCAUAAGGAAGUGUAUUUAAUUUAACAAUUGCCUCGCAUUUUCGCUUAUUAUCGUCCGAGAGAUCAUCCGUGCCACUCAUGCUGUUUUAACAUCGUGGAUCGGAAGCUUGUGUCUAGUUGGUAUAAUCUUGAUUCUUUGGUGACAUCAUCAUGUGUGCAACCACCAGAAAGAAGACCCGGCAAUGCUAUUUUGGCCUCUGGCAAGUUAGUUCCAGUUAUUGAUCUUGGAGGACAUGAUCGAGCUGUUACCAUAAAGAACAUUUUGAACUCCUCCCAGGAUUAUGUCUUUUUCCAGAAUAUUUUCAAAGAAUUCCAUGCCAUGCCUGCGGAUGUAAAGAUACAUGAAAGCCCUAAGGAUCCAAAUGGAAGCUGCAAGAUCUAUACAAGUAGUGCAAGAACCACCAAAGACGUGGUUGAAUAUUGGAAAGACACAUUAUCACACCCAUGUCAACCUUCUGGAGAAUUCAAGGAUUAUUGGCCCGAGAAACCUGUUGGAUACCGUGAAGUUGUAGGGAAAUACACACAAGAACUAAGGAAACUGGCACUUCAAAUUUUGGAGCUGAUUUGUGAAGGAUUUGAUCUCAACCCAGAAUAUUUUUGUGGAGGACUUGGUGAAAAUCCAGUAGUGCUGUCUCAUUUCUACCCUCCUUGUCUUGAACCAAGUUUAACCUUAGGAACAUUCAUGCACAAAGACUCUAUCCUUAUUACCAUUUUGUUUCAAGAAGUAGGGAUCAAUGCACUGCAGGUCUUCAAAGAUGGGAAUGGAUUGGUGUUGAGCCAAUUCACAAUGCCUUUGUGGUAAACAUCGGGAUUAUGUUACAGGUAUUUUUUCCCCGUAGCUUGCUCUAGUAAAAUUAUCAAUUCAAAUGUGGA